AUGAGGAAACAAGGAGUAGAUAUCUCAGACUUCAACAUAAGCCAACUGCCAGCUAAGCCUCCAAACUUCAUGAAGCGUCCACGAGGACCCUUUGAGAAGGCGAAGCAAGCUAAGAAGGCAAGACUAGGAGAUUCCUCCGGAUCAAUACCUCCAGCACCUCUGCCUGGACCUUCUGAAAUGCUGAACGAAACCACUUCACCAUCUUCAUCUUCUUCUCCAGAAUCACCCCUCUACUACAACAUUUCCACAGAUACAAAACACUUUGACCCUUCAUCUCCCACUCUGGCCCAGCUCCAAACUCGAACUCUGGCCUCACAACAGCCAUCACAACCCACACCUGAACUAGAAAUCACUUCAUCACCCACAGAACAACCAAACCCAACAACAUCUGACCCUCAACCCUCUGAAACAACUCACGCUAAAACUCAACCAAACAACUCUGACACACACCCACCAAAUACAUCCGCUGAACCACAAACUCCCACACUCAACCUAAUCCCUCCCUCUUCUCCACCCCUAACCUCUGAACCUGAAAACACCAUGCCAACCCUUGAGGAAGCAAUAAUGCUGUUUGCAGGAGCUUUAGUUGACAAGGGCCUCUUUGAGCAAGUUCGAAACGACUUCAUCAGAGAGGCUGAGCUAAGACUCCAGGAGCGCCUAGCCAGAGAAGCUGAGGAGCGAGCCCGCAAGGAAGAAGAAGAGAAAGCCAGGCAAGAAGAAAUGCAAAUGAUUAAGGAAGCUGAAGCCAAAGCUCUAGCCGAUGCUGCUGCUGAAGGUGAAGCCAAAGCUGCCGCUGAAGCUGAAGCUCGUAUUGCUGAAGAAUCUGCCAAUAGGAAAUUUGCAGAAGAGAAUCUUGAAACAUCAUCUCAUGGAAGCUCCGAUAAGAACUUCUGA